AUGUUUUAUCGAAAAAUUGUUCUUCGAGCUGUUUGGAAGAACUCUCCGUUGUUCGUUGUUAAUGCUCGAUCUUAUGCCACCAAUGAUAUAGAUUUGGUGGUUAUUGGAGCUGGUCCGGGAGGUUAUGUAGCAGCAAUUAAAGCAGCUCAACUGGGCAUGAAAACAGUAUGUAUAGAAAAGAAUCCGAAAUUAGGAGGUACUUGUUUGAAUGUCGGAUGCAUACCAUCGAAGUCUUUGUUGAAUAACUCAUUGUAUUAUCAUAUGGCUAAACACGGUGAAUUCAAUAAUCGAGGUGUUGAAGUUGAGCCGAAACUGAAUUUGGACAAAAUGAUGGCUGCAAAGGCAGCAUCAGUGAAGGCUUUGACGGGUGGCAUAGAGAUGUUGUUUAAAGCGAACAAAGUAAGGCCAGUCAAUGGAAUAGCGACGAUUACAGACAAAAAUGAAGUCAUUGUGAAACUUGUUGGAGGUGGCGAAGAAAAAAUUACAGCACAUAAUAUACUUAUUGCAUCGGGUUCCGAAGUUACUCCUUUUCCAGCCUUGCCUAUCGAUGAAGAACAGAUCAUUUCUUCAACGGGCGCGCUGUCAUUGAAGAAGAUACCAGAGAAAAUGAUUGUAAUAGGGGCUGGUGUCAUCGGUACUGAAUUGGGAAGUGUGUGGCAGCGAUUAGGAGCUGAUGUAACAGUUGUCGAAUUUCUUGGACAUGCUGGUGGGUUGGGUAUCGAUAUGGAAGUAGCAAAAUUUUUCCAAAGAACGCUUGCCAAGCAAGGAAUGAAAUUCAUGAUGAAUAUGAAGGUAACAGGAGGAGGAAAAGAAGGUGCUUUGGUUAAAGUAAAUAUAGAAAAUGCAAAAGGUGGAGAUCCAAAAACGUUAGAAGCAGAUACUGUUCUUGUCGCGACUGGCCGAAGACCAUAUACGGAAGGAUUGGGAGUUGAAAAUGUUGGCAUAAAAUUGGAUUCAAAGGGACGCGUACCAGUCAAUGAGCGCUUCCAAACCUCGGUUCCAUCAAUAUUUGCAAUCGGUGAUGUAAUUGCUGGGCCGAUGUUGGCACAUAAAGCGGAAGAUGAAGGAAUUUUAUGCGUUGAAGGUAUAGCAGGUGGAGCAACACAUUUGGACUACAACUGCAUCCCGUCGGUUGUUUAUACUCAUCCUGAAGUUGCAUGGGUUGGCAAAUCUGAAGAACAGUUGAAGAGUGAAAAUGUACAAUACAAAGUUGGCAAAUUUCCAUUCAUGGCAAAUUCGCGAGCUAAAACAAAUAAUGAUGCGGAAGGAUUUGUAAAAAUUUUAGGAGAUAAGGCAACAGAUAAAAUAUUGGGAGUUCAUAUAAUUGGACCGAAUGCUGGUGAAAUGAUUGCGGAGGCAACCUUAGCAUUAGAAUAUGGAGCCUCCUGUGAAGAUGUUGCUCGAGUUUGUCAUCCACAUCCUACACUGUCAGAAGCGUUCCGCGAAGCCAAUUUACAAGCAUUUUGUGGCAAAGCUAUUAAUAGUGUUUGA